UGCACAAGGGACCGACUUGUAUCUGAAGAAGGGAAUAGUCUCAAAGGCACCAUGACAGGAAAGGAUGGGGCCGUGUUGUCGGAAAGUUUGAACAAAUCAAAAUCAGUUUGUGCCGCUGAGAAUGGGGGAAAUAACAAUCAACAUCUGUCAAAGAGCAGCACACAUCCGCCCAAAUGCACGGGUUUUGGCAUCCAGGAGAUUUUGGGACUAAAUAAAGAGCCGUCCUCUGCUCCACGGAACCCACUGGGCUCGUUCCCUGCCGGCGCGCACCUACUAGCCACCAGGUCGAUGCUCGGCCCGGCUGGAGUUGGGGUCGGGAUGGGAUUAAUUGGUCCUGGAGGUAUUCCAUCGUUUUACAGCCAGCCAGCGUUUCUGGAGAUGCUGUCAGACGCACAAAACGUCCACUUGCAGCCGCUCAACAGGACAGUGGGACCACUCGAAGCGACCCAGUCUGCUAGUUCAGAUUCAGAGGACGUCUCAAGUGAAAGGAAAUUAUCAAAGUCUUCACUGAGCCAGAGCAAGAAGCGAAAAAAGAGACGACACAGAACAAUAUUUACAUCUUACCAGCUGGAGGAACUAGAGAAAGCUUUUAACGACGCUCAUUACCCUGAUGUAUACGCCAGAGAAAUGCUGGCCAUGAAAACCGAGCUGCCCGAGGACAGAAUACAGGUGUGGUUCCAAAAUCGACGGGCCAAGUGGAGAAAGCGGGAGAAGUGUUGGGGUCGCAGUAGCGUGAUGGCUGAAUAUGGGCUCUACGGUGCCAUGGUGCGUCAUUCCAUUCCUCUGCCCGAGUCCAUAUUGAAGUCUGCUAAAGAUGGCAUCAUGGACUCCUGUGCCCCCUGGCUUCUAGUUCAAGAUGGUUUUCCUACCACCAGCUGCUUUUCUAAACACGAAUACCCACCAUUCUUUGCAGGGAUGCACAAGAAGUCCUUGGAGACUGUUGCAGUCCAACCAAAUGAGACGUCAGAUGUCCCUCAGAAAACCACCAAUCCCAAGGCAGAUGAGGGCGAGACCGAGGAAAGGAGGACAGAGUCACCUAUGUCCAAAGAGGAACUGAGGGAGAACAGCAUUGCUGUUCUCAGGGCAAAAGCACAGGAGCACAGUGCCAAAGUGCUGGGAACAGUGUCCCCUGAGAAACUAGAGCACAAAAUUGAGAUAUCGGUGACAGAGCAGAAGUUCAGCGAUCAGAUAGACACAAAAGAAGAGGAAAAGAGUUCUUAGAUUAUGCACACUAAUUCUUCAUUCAUCCAUUUGUAAUGCCAUAAAACAUAGUUUUGGUGUGAACAUAUCUGGUCUGUUUUCUCUUCCUAAUAUUCUUGAACUUUUCUCAAGAAAAAAAAUGAACUUUCGAUUCUCAUGGUUGCUCUGCAUUUUGUUUUAUUUAGCAAGGUCAAAAUGAUUUACAGUAGGCUAUUUUGAUAUUUAUAGAAGUGUCACUUCCAUCAUCAUUAUGCUGUUUUUAAUAUAUAAAUAAUUCCAGACAUUAAAUAUUCUAUGAAUACAAUGCUUUAAAAUGGAGCAUGCUUGUGCCCUUUGCCAUGACAAAAAAAUGUAAACGCUGGCAGCUUCAGUUGAGUAAGACCAUACAUGUUUGAGUCUAAAUUUCAGUUUUGUCAUUAUCAAAAAUGAUUGAUGAAAUACUCCUAAUGGGGUUUGAAAAAGCAGGAUUCAGUGCAUACGUUUUCAUUUAGUACAGUAUCCCUUUCAAUCUUCUAAUUGUUUAAUAAGUUGUAAUUAAGUGUAUUGCUGUAUAUAUUGUAAAUUGAGAUGGCUUGCUACAGUAUUGUUUGAACUAUACAUUAAUGUACUGUAGUCUUAUUAUGUGCUUUUUUCGUAACAUGUAAA